AGGAGGGAAAGGGACACCACCUCGGGUUGGGUGAAGGCUGCUCCUCCUGUUAACGAAGGCGGCGGAAUGGCGGCGCUUUACGCUUGUACCAAGUGCCACCAGCGGUUCUCCUUCGAAGCGCUCAGCCAGGGGCAGCAGCUCUGUAAGGAAUGUCGAAUUGCACACCCAAUGGUUAAAUGUACCUACUGUAGAACUGAAUUCCAGCAGGAGAGUAAAACCAAUACAAUAUGCAAGAAGUGUGCUCAGAACGUGAAACUUUAUGGGACGCCAAAACCAUGCCAGUACUGCAACAUAAUUGCAGCAUUUAUUGGCAACAAGUGCCAGCGGUGUACGAACUCGGAGAAGAAAUAUGGGCCACCCCAUUCAUGCGAACAGUGUAAGCAACAGUGUGCCUUCGACAGGAAGGAUGAUAGGAAAAAAGUAGAUGGGAAGUUACUCUGCUGGCUUUGCACACUCUCUUAUAAGCGAGUGCUACAGAAAACCAAAGAACAGCGUAAACAUUUAAACACCUCCUCUCGGACAAGCUUGCCGGAAAAGGAGCAAUAUGGCCGACUUAACUGUGGCAGCCACUACAGCAGCCAGAAAACCUUAUCUACAUCUUCUAUUCAGAAUGAACUCCCAAAGAAAAAACCCAAGUUUGAUGCCAUAUUAGCCAAUGGGGACAGUUUUUCUCCAGACCUCGCCUUGGAUUCCCCUGGCACCGAUCACUUUGUCAUCAUAGCCCAACUGAAGGAAGAAGUAGCUACUUUGAAGAAAAUGCUACACCAGAAGGAUCAGAUGAUCCUGGAGAAAGAAAAGAAGAUAACAGAACUGAAGGCUGACCUGCAAUACCAGGAAUCCCAAAUGAGGGUGAAAAUGAACCAGAUGGAAAAAACUCACAAAGAAGUUACAGAACAUUUGCAGGCCAAGAACCGAGAGCUCCUGAAACAGGCUGCAGCUUUAUCCAAGGGCAAAAAAUCAGAGAAAUCAGGAACAAUAACUUCCCCUUGAAUUCAUCAGAUCUCUUGCCCUAAGAUGUCUGGAGUUUAAAGCCCCGUGGUUCCAGAACCACACAUGGAUUGCUAUUCCUGUGCACAUGACAGAAUCCUUUGAGAUUGGCUAUUUAAUAGAGUGCCCCAGUGCUGGUCUAUAAGAUCUCUUCCUCCUGUCAUAGUACAGUGAUGAGAAUGAUUGGGAGGCUUGGUCCUCCUGUCCUCCAAGCUCAAGAACAAGCCCUUUUUAGCUCAGAUGUUCCUCUCCAACCAUUUUUACCAUCACUGCCUUGGGAUUGAUGAAGCAAGAGGGCCUCCUUGCCAAUUGGAUCCUUUACUAGACAAGAGAGCCAGUUUUUUAAAAAAAUGUAAAAGCAUUUUUAAAAUGAAAAUUCUGCCUAUUUGGGGAUGUGUCUACCCCUCAAUUUUUAAGGACAGCGUGAGACUUUUUCUCACAGGUUUGUAAAUGGAGAACGGAGUUUCAAUCAGCAAUUCUCUCUCCAGCUUCUAAAAAUUCAAGAGUUUCUUGGCAGAAUAGUUGAAUAUACUCAUGUGGAGGCCCAGCAUUUAUGAAUUGGUGUUUGCUCAUGUUUUUAUGCUCCUUUAGGUAGCACAGCUGUUUAGGCUGGUUCAACAGCUCCUUCCGUUUGGAGUGAUAUCAGGAAUCAGAAGUAGGCUAAAAUUACUUUCCAGGUACACGAGGUGAAUUAGUAACAAGUGUACAUCUAUGCAGUUUUUUCUGAAGAAAAGCAAAACAAUCAUUUUGACUGCCUUGGCAGCAGAAUUAAAGGAAUUGGGGGAAAUGCUGAAACUAGAGGACAAAGAUUUUCUGAAAUCUUGAUCUAUUUAAAAAAAAAAGACACCCUCAAGUCAGGUUUAUGUGGCUUGCAAGAAAAUGAGACAGCUUUAAGUGCUGAGUGAGAACUCUUGAUGCCUGUAAAGGUAGAGAUGAAAAGAAUCCAAUGAGUUUUUCAGCUAUGGUCCCUCGCUGAAUUUUCUGGGAAAUGGUAAGUGUUCAAAAGCAUUGAGAAGCUGCUAGUUUGUUUUCAGUUUGCUCCAGGCUGAUUGAAUUAGGGAGAAGGUGGGGGGGUGAAGAAAAUCAUUGCCAAAAAAAAAAUGCCUCACACAGCAAUUUGAGAUGAAUUAAUCACCUUUUUAUAUAUAAAUAAGAAGAAACCUGUGCUGCUGUUGAUUUUCUGAUGCCUAUCUCUUUAAAAAAAGGAAGACAACCUUGAACGGGGAAGCAUGCAGAAAUUGACGCUGUACUUUAGGUUAUUUAUUUUUUCAUCUUUGCUCUUUUUGGCAAGAACCCAUUGCCUAAGAAGGAACAUACUAAAUAGAACCUAAUUUUUAUACUUAAUAUAUAUAUUUUUAGGAAGAAUUCAUUCAUAGAGAUUUAAGUAGGGGGGCUUUCAGCAAUCUUUUCCCCAUCCCACCCAAUUAAGAGGAGAAUAAUAUUUCUGGAAUAAUUUAGGUGCCCCCCCCCUUUGUUGUGACAGUUCAAUCAUGCAUUAAAGUGAUGCUUUGCCGUGA